AUGUCCGUAACGAUCGCUUUUGUGGCCAGCGACCCACGAACGAAGAAGACGAUCUGGGAAGGUUAUGCGAAUGGCUCGCCAGGGAAGCAGCAAGAGUUCAAACUGCAGUAUGCUCGCCCGUCCUGCCUCCACACGUUUAACCCGGCAUCUGCCCGCAGGCAAGGGGUGCCUGACCUUGCUGCCGAUACCAAGAUCCUCGCGAGAUCGAGUGAAGGGCACACGAUAACUAUCAAGAGCAUCGCGGCGAGCGGGGCAGCAGAGGAGAAGGUGUGGGUGAAGGCAGGCAACCUGGGAGACCCGCUGGUGGUUCAGAUUCUCUUCAAGAAGCAAGGCUCAGGGUUGUGGAAGAUGAAGAAGGUUGUAGUCACAACUCCAUCGUUGCAAACCCUUGCGCCCAAGACCCUUCCCGUUAUGAGUGAGAGAGUAACAUGCGCGGAUGAGGAGGCCGGCAAUGAGAUGUUGGCAUGCGCCCGAUAUGGGGAAUGCGAAGACAUGUGCAUCUUCAUUGACAACGGGAGCGUUCCUGUCGACUAUCAGAACGAACAGGGGAACACAGCUCUGCACUACAGCUGUCCAGGAAAGAACGGCAGGCCGCAGGGUUCUUCGCUGCCACAGAUUUUGAUGGUCACCCUGUUUGCGAGGUCCUUCCUGUCUUAUGACUAUCUUUCUCUUGGAUUCGCCGCAUUGUUCCUUGCAGCAGUUCCUGUCAUGUCCACCAGGGCAGGAGGGCUGAGGCUACCUUCCAUCAGGGGGAGGGUAUACGAGAUCAACUUGAAGAAGGUUUUCUGCCUGGUAAACGCCCUCUGGUCCCUGAUAACGAUCAUCUUCGAUGUGGCUAAGUUGGCUGGGAUGAACAUCAUCACGAGCUCAGAGUCUUCGGCUGAUGAGAAGCUCUUCUGGAUUCUGUGCUCAAUUACACUGGACGCCCUCGCAGGGACCAGUGGGCGGUCGGCACGAGCUCUGCCCAACAGCAGUGGGAAUACAGCUUUACAUUGGGCGAUACAGAACAAACAGAAAGAGUCCGUCAAGAUGCUGAUCGAGAAAUGCUCCUCCGUCGAUGUCUUGUACAAGAACAGCUUUGGAAAGAGUGCACUGUCGGAAGCCUUUGGCACUGAAGAUGAAGAGCUGGUUCAGUUGCUUCUGGGACAUUCCAGUGCAAGUGCACUUGAGAACACGCAGGCGUCUGGCGUGCAGGAAGAGGAGACGGACGAUGAGGGCGGAGAGCAGGAGGAAGGAGGAGGAGGAGGAGGAGGAGGGGACGUGGAGAUGGAAGAAGCGUGA